AUGGCGGCGGCGGCUGAAGUGUCUGAGCUGAGAAUUGUUGUGUUGGGGAAAAGUAUCUCAGAGAACAGCAAAGUGGGAAACAUCAUCCUGAGAACAGAAGCAUUUGAAACUGAAGAUCAUCCAGUGCAGCGCAGUUUCAUAGUGGGAGGACAUGUGGAGCAAAGACACAUUUCCAUCAUUAACACACCUCAUCUGUUACAGCCACAACUCCGUGAUGAGGAACUCACUCAGAGAGUAAAAGAGUGUGUUUCACUUUCUGAUCCGGGACCUCAUGCAUUUUUACUUGUGGUACAGUCUAAUGACUUUACAAAAAAGGACAACAAAAGACUGAAAUAUGUCCUGAACCUCUUCAGUGAACAAGCCAUAAACUAUUGUAUUUUGAUCAGGAAAGACAGUAAACAGUUUCCCUUUCAAACUUCUCAAGAGUCUAAGGCUUAUCGCACAAUAAAGAAGGAAUUAAAAGAGAGGUGUAUCCAUUUAAAGAAUGAUGAGACAUCAGUCAAUUUGCUCUUAAGUAUGAUUGAUAACAUUGUUAAAAGCAAUGGAGAAGUUCAUCUGGCAUGUGAAGUUUUUGAGGAUGUGCAAGAAGAACAUCACACAUCUGAAAGAAAGAUGGGGAAGGAAAACAGAGACUUAUCUCAAAACAGAUGCACAAUGGGUAUAUUGGAUCGUGUAAAACAAAGCGGUAUUUCCUCAAUAAAGAGUGGCGUCAAAGACCAGUCUACACACAAACUGAACUUGGUGCUGUGUGGAAGUAAUGGAGCUCUGAAGGCCUCCAUAUCAGAUCUCCUACUGGGACAGAGAGAACCGAGAGCUGAGUCCGGCUCAGUGUGUGUGAUCAGGAAAGGAGAAGUGUGUAAACACCUGGUCACACUGGUGGAGAUGCCCACUCUCUACAACACGGAGCUCUCAGAAGUGAUGUCUCAGACUCUACGCUGUGUCUCUGCCUGUGAUCCUGGAGUUCAUGCUUUCCUCAUUACUGUCCCUGUUGGUCCUCUCACUGAUGAAGAAAAAGCAGAAAUACAGAUGAUCCAGAGACUCUUCAGCUCCAGAGUUAAUCACCACACCAUAAUCCUCUUUACCAACACGUAUGGAACAGAUGAAGCUGCAGUUCGGUUUGUAGAGCAAAGUUCAGAGACUGAACAACUUCGCAGCAUGUGUGGAGGAAGAUAUAUAAUCCUGAAGAUGAGUUUAACCCAUGACAGACCCAAACAAGUGCUGUCACUGUUGAAACAAAUAACAGAGAAGGUGAAUGUGAAAAAUCUUUAUUCUCUCCUCAUGUAUAUUGAAGCACAGAAAGAUGGAGUUAGAAUAGAGCUAGAGAGCAGACUGUCUGAAAUGGAGAAGACAAUCCAACAACUCAAGACCAAACAACUGCAAACAGGUGCUGAGGGUGAACCAUCCGAUCCCAGGUGUCUGAGAAUAGUGCUGAUUGGGAAAACAGGAAAUGGGAAAAGUGCUUCAGGAAACACCAUCCUAGGAGGACGAACAUUCAAUUGCAGUGCCAGUAUGUCAUCUGUGACAAAAUUCUGCCAGAAGUCUGUUGGAGAAGUUCAGGGCAAACCUAUUGCUGUCAUUGACACUCCAGGACUUUUUGACACAACACUAACAAAUGAAGAAACAACAGAAGAAAUUGUGAAAUGCAUCUCACUGUCAGCACCUGGACCUCACGUGUUCCUCAUUGUGUUGAGUGUGGGAAGAAUUACAGAGGAAGAGAUGGAAACACUGAGUCUGAUCAAGAAAAUGUUUGGUGCUGAAGCUACUAAAUACUCCAUAGUGCUGUUUACUAGAGGAGAUGAUCUGGAAGAUGAUCAGACAAUUGGAGAUUAUGUAAACAACUGUGACCAUAGAGGUGUCUUAAAGCUAAUCAGAGACUGUGGUAAAAGAGUUCACGUGUUUAAUAACAAAGAGAAAAAUGACUUUACCCAGGUCACUGAGCUUCUGAGAAAGAUGGAAGAAAUGAUUGGGUUUGACAGAAACAAUUACUUUACAAAUGAGAUGUUUGAGAUGGCAGAGAUGUCGAUACAGCAGAAACAGCAGGAUAUAUUAAAGGAGAAAGAAGAACAGAUGCAGGCUGAAAAGGAGGCACUGGAGGCCAAACAUAAGGAAGAACUGGAGCAGAUCAAGAAAAAACUAGAGAAAGAGAGAACAGUGAUGGAGGAGGAAAAGUUAAAAAGUGAAAACAUGUUUAAAGAGAAGGAAGAACUUUUAAAACAGGAGUAUGAGAGAAAAGAAAACGAAGCGAGGGAGCGACAGAGAGUGGAGGAGCAGAGAAGGGAAGAGGAGGAAAAAGAGCAAAAGGCAAAGAAGGAAAGACAAUUGGAGGAAAUAAAAAAAGAAAUGGAAGAUCAAAAGAAACAAUUUCUCAAACUGCAGACUGAGAGAGAUGAGGAAGACAGAAAGAGGGCAGAGAAAGAGAGAAAAGAUAAAGAACAUUUGGAACAUGAACAAAAGCAAGCAAUGGAAGAAUUAAAGAUCAAGCAGGAAAAAGAGAUUAAAAAGAGAGAAGAAGAAGAACAAAUGAGAAGAAAGGAACAAGAGGAAGAGAUGGAAAAGUGGAAGAGGAAAAUGGAGGAGGCAGAAAACAGUAAAGAAGAGAUAAAAGAAGAUAUUGAAAGAAAACUACAAGAACGAGAACUGGGAUGGAAAGAAGAAUACAAUAGAACAAUAGAGAGACACAAAAGAGAACAAAGAGAACAGGAAGACUACCAGGAGAGAAUGAGGAAGCAGUUUAAAAAGGAAAGGGAAGAAGACAGACUUCAAAGAGAAAAAGAAAGAAAACAAUGGAAAGAGACAGAAAGGAGAGAGAGAGAGCAGAGGGAGAGAGAGUAUGAGGAAAACAAAUUAAAAAUAAAGAAGGAGUUUGAGGAACUAGAAAAUAAUAGGAAGUCCGAAUGGGAGAGGCAAAUCCGCGAGGAGAAGGAGAGAAGAGAAGAAGAGAGAAGGAAUCUUCAAAAACAGAGAGAGGAGAUAGAGAGAGAAAGGCAGGAGGAAAUUAAAAGAAGGGAAAGAGAAGAAAAAGUGAGAAAAGAAAAGGAAGAUCAGGAGCGGGACGAAAUGAAAAAACAAUAUGAAGAAAAGGAGAAAGAAAUGAAAAACAGAUAUGAAGCUGAGGCUCGUAUCCAGGCCGAACACUUCAAUGAUUUAAAAACUCUGCUGGAAACCCGCAUACAAGAACUGAUUACAAAGCAUGAAAAGGAUUAUGACCUUCUCAAUGAGCUUUACAAGAGUGCAAAAAAAGAGUUAGACAGUACACAAGCAGUGUUAGACAGCACAAAAAAAGAGUUAGAUGAGCGAUUGAAGAAGGGUGGGUGUGUUAUUCUCUAA